AUGAGUGAGUUGUGCGAUGGUGAGGAGACUGCCUUGGCAAAGUAUAAAGGUUAUGAGCUUGCGUACAACAUCGAGAUGAACGUCAGCGCCAUUGAGAGCGCUCAGAAGCGAUUUUCACAGCUUCUUUCUCGCCAUUUCGCGUAUGGUGAAGAUUUGCGAGACCUCUCUCGAGAAAUAGAUGACUACUACCUGGCAAAUCGUGAGACACCUAAAGACUACGAAGAGAAGAUGUCAUCCAUGCAUGAAAUCGGCCGUAUCAUCAGAAAACACAAGAGAUGGAAAUUCAAAGUGUUUCCGUCUGGUUCGACUAUGACGGGUUUAGCUUCAAAAGGGAGUGAUCUUGAUGUCACAGUAUGGAUUCCCUAUGCACGGAAAUCCUACGCAAACGAAUCUGAGUAU